AAACAGAAUACUGCAAAAGCCUGAGGAAGAAAGUGAGGAGGGGGGCGAUAAAGAAGAUAUGUGAAGAAAAGGGAGUGGAAAAUAUUAUAAAAAACACAACCGCAAGAGAGAGAAAGAGGGAGCAAGGUAAGAAAGUAACCAUUGGUGGAAAAACUGCACAUUUCCAGGAAGAGGCACAGGGAGCAGAAGAGAGACAGAGAGAGAAAAGGGCACAGAUUUGUUUUGUCAAAAACAGUGGCCUCAGAGAAAAGUGUGUGUGUUUAUCCACCAGCAGGUCACAAUAUGGUGCUGUUCCCAUUCUGCAAGAAGCCUGCAGGGCCAGUAAGAGUGAGCAAGAUACAAUUGGUCCUGUACUGUUUUCUCCUGUCUCUUAUCAUAUACCUCCUCCAUGGACGUAAAACUGGUGUCGAUGUGAAGUCACCUCAUCCUUUAUUUCAUGCAUUGGGAAUGGACAGGGGAAAAGUAAUGACAGACAUGAAUGUCAUCAAGGCAGCAGCACUACAAACUCCUCUGGAGACGCCAUGGGGGGAUCCUAUAGUGUGGGGAGACAAUCGAAAGUCAGCUAUGCGCAGGGCUGAAUUUGCACAACAGGAAAUCCAUACAGGUCUCCUGGCCUUCGUGGUGGGAACAUACGCUCGGUUCGUGCACCGUUUCCUCUCUUCGGCUGAGACACACUUCCUCCCCGGUCAGAUGGUCACCUACUACAUUCUCACGGACAAUCCCAACUCUGUGGACCCCCCCAUCCAGUUGGGACCAAAACGAGAGCUGAAGGUGGUUCCUAUCGCAGAGCUGCCUGGAUGGGACAGGUUGGCCCGUCGUCGCAUGCCCCUUUUGGCCGAUGCCAUCAGGAACCCUAUCGGCAGAGAGGUUGAUUACAUCUUCUGUGCUGACAUCGAUCAGGAGUUCAUGGCCCCUGUGGGAGAGGAGAUCCUCGGAGACCUGGUGGCCACUUUGCACCCAGAGCUCUAUGGGAUGCCACGAAACGCGUUUCCAUACGAAACUGAAGAAGUGUCGUCUGCUUGCGUGGAAGACGAUGAAGGAGACUACUACUACACCUCUGAGUUGUAUGGAGGGUUGGUUUCUGAGAUGCACAAACUGGCCCGAGCAUGUUCUUUGCUCAUUCUGCAGGAUCACGCUAACGGGGUGGUGGCCAAGGGCCUCGAGGAGAGCUACCUGAACAGAUACCUGAUCGACCACAGGCCAACAUGUGUGCUGUCCCCAGAGUACAGCUGGUGGGACUCAGGCCUGGCUCCUGACGUGCCUGUACAGAGGAUAGUGUCUCUGGGAAGGCAAUAUGAGGCCUGAGAAAACCAGAAAAGUGAAUCAAGGGUUCUGCUGGCUGAACCCAUCAGAACAAGGAUGUAGAUCUCAUCCCUGAGAAGAACUUCUGUUUUGAGUGGUCUUUUUCCUUUAGGAGGGGGUCUAAGCCUGAACAUUAGAAGUGAUAUGACAGGAAAGGAUAUAAAGAGAAAGCACAUAUUUUAAUAAUCUUUAUUCAAUUAAUAAUUCAUCAUUUCCAUUUCAUGUUCUGCCCUAUUAGCCAAUAAAUAUACCCUGCAAUCACACAGUAGCAAACUCCACAAUCUGCUCUCAAUUAAAGACCCGUUAUUGUGAACAGUGUCUCCGCGUGCUAUCUAUUCCCCAGCCGACAAAAAAUAAAUUGACCUGUCUCUUUAAAUGAAGCUCUGUGCUCUCCAUUAAUGUCAGCCUCGGACAUACUGCUCCAGUUGCUUUGUGGUCAGAUAAGAGUCAACAGUGUAAGUGCACACUUUCCCCACAUUGGCCAAUCAUUAACUGGAAGAGCUGCUUUUUCAAGGUCUUAAAAUACCAGGUGGGGGAAAUAUGGAUAAAGCGGGAUGCUGUUUUUCUAGCAUGUAUAAACGUCUGGAAGUUGGUGAAACUUUUCCAUCAAAAACUGUAACGUUCCCCAUUAUGUUUUGGAGUAAAAGGUAUAAUCAAAUGACCGGCAUUGACUGGCACAUUAUGUUUUUCGUGAGGCUGCCUAUCUAUCCCCCCCCCCACACACAAACUUACUUCCACGUUCACACUCCACUUUCUCUCUCUUGUGUGCUGUGUUUUAAUGGCAGGGUUAAACAGCAGCAGAUGGCUUUUUCUCACUGCCAACAGAAUCUGUCCUCAGGGCCAGAUCGCCACGUUGAGUAAAGUUGAAGGUAAAGCAUAGAUAAACCUUUGAAAGUUGCAGGAACAUUUUCAGUUAUUUCUAGAUAAUCAACAUUUCCACUGCUUUCCACACAGAUGUGUUAUGUAUCAUCUCAAUUCAGAUAUUUAAUGCGUUAAAAUAAGUUUGCAUGUAGCUUUACUGUCAAAUAUAACUCAAUUUCACAACAACAUCCCCAAUUAACACAAUAUGGUCCGAAGAUGCUCAUAAUUAUAUAUAUUUCAAUUGAUAUGUCAAUAAACUUACUUUGUUUUCUUCAUUAAAUAUAAAGGCUCUUUUUUC